UAAAGUAUUUUAACCAGAAAAUUAUAAUAAUUUUAAUUGUCGGGUAAAAAUUACGGACUAGAUUUUGAGGAAAUUUUGCUCGGGUCAAAUCCUUUGCCGCGCCGCCUCAAGUAGCCGAAAUUUUUCCCGAUCUCCCUCCACCAGUGCCAUAGUUUUUUGUUUUUUUGACGAGUAAUCGGCGAAGAAAGCCGCUUCUUUCUCCAAAUUUUCUGUGGUGAGGGUUACAGCGCCGCCCACUAUGUUCGAUGAUACGCCGUCUUCUUUUUCACUUCCGCCGCAUCUCCACUCUCCCAAUAACGCAGGACAACCCCAAAUCGUCAAUCGUUUUCCAAUGCAACAAAUCAAUCCUACAACUCACCAAACUCGGCCGACUCGCCGAGGCGCGACACGUCUUCGACUCAAUGUCUCACCGGGAUUCAGUCUCGUGGAACUCGAUGAUCGCUGGGUAUGCGCAGAAUGGACUUCUACACGUAGCGCAAGUGCUUUUCGAUGCGUUUGGAGGGAAGAAUGUGAGAACGUGGACGAUUUUGCUGACGGGGUAUGCGAGACAUGGGCUUAUACGCGAAGCUGGGAUGAUUUUUGAAUCGAUGCCGGAGCGGAAUAUUGUUUCUUGGAAUGCAAUGAUCAGUGGGUAUGUGCGAACUGGUGAUUUGAGGACUGCGCGGAAGCUGUUCGACGAAAUGCCCGAAAGAAAUGUUGUGUCGUGGAAUCAGAUUAUUACUGGGUAUUGUCACUCCGGAAUGGUUAUUGAGGCUCGCGAGCUUUUUGAUCGGAUGGAGGAGCGGAAUUCUGUAUCGUGGAUGGUUAUGAUAUCUGGGUAUGUAGAGAUUGGUGAGUAUCGGGAAGCGUGGCAUCUGUUUUCUAGGAUGUCGAGGAGUGGGGCGAGGCCUGAUCAAGCAAUAUUUGUGGUUGCUUUCUCAACAGUUACUUGGUUGGAUAAUUUGGAGUUGCUCGAGAGUUUGAGAACAAUGGCUGUAAAGACUGGAUAUGAGAGUGACGUUCUUGUGGGGACAGCGACUCUUAACGCUUAUACAAUGAAUGGAUGUUUAGAGCCUGCAUAUCGGUUCUUUGAGACAAUGCCGGAGAAGAAUGAAUAUUCGUGGACGACAAUGAUCUCAGCUUUCUCUCAGUGUGACAGACUAAAUGACGCUAUUGCAUUGUAUGAGAGAACAUCUGAGAAAAGUGUUGCUGUUCAAACAGUGAUUAUCACUGCCUUUGCACAGAAGGGAAGGAUUCAAGAGGCCAGAAAUAAGUUUGAGGAGAUUGUGAAUCCAAAUGUGGUUGCUUGGAAUGCUAUGGUUGCUGCAUAUGCGCACAAUGGUAUGCUUGAUGAAGCGAAGGAUACUUUUUUGAGAAUGCCUGUGCGAAAUGCCGUUUCCUGGGCCGCAAUGAUUGCGGGGCUUGCACAAAAUGGACAAAGCAUCGACGCUUUGGAGUUGUUUGCAGAACUCCACAGAUCAGGUACUGUACCAAAUCAUUCAAGCUUCACUAGUGCUCUCUUUGCUUGUUCAAAUAUUGGAUUUGUAAAGGUUGGCAGGCAGAUUCACUCCCUCUCGAUCAAAAUGAGGUGCCAGUUUAAUUUAUUUGUGGGGAAUGGAUUGAUCUCAAUGUAUGCAAAAUGUAAGGGCAUAAAUGAUGCUCCUCUGUUAUUUAACACGAUGAAAAAUAAAGAUACUGUAUCUUGGAACUGUCUCAUCAGCGGGUUUGUGGAGAACUGCAUGUUGGAUGAAGCACGGAAGAUUUUUGAAGGGAUGCCAGAACGUGAUGUUGUGUCUUGGACUACCAUUAUAUCAGGUUAUGAGCAAACGGGCCAUGAGGACGUUGCAUUCAUGUUGUUCCAUGACAUGCUUACUGUGGGGACGAAGCCAAACGAAUCAACCAUUUCCUCCCUUCUCUCUGCCUGUGCAUCCCUCUGUACUACCAAGCUUGGGGAACAGAUUCAUGCAUUGACAUACAAACUUGGGCUAAAUUCUUGUCUGUUUGUGUGUAAUGCUCUCAUAACAAUGUAUUUCAAGUGUGGCAGUCUAGAAGGCCUUUCAGUUUUCAAAGAGAUGAGCAGUCGAGACACGGUUACUUGGAAUGCAGUGUUAGUUGGUUGCGCACAGAAUGGACUGGGGAAGGAUGCCAUUGCGAUUUUCAAACAGAUGGAAGCUGCAGGAGUUUUGCCCAAUGAAAUUACUUUCAUUGGUGUUCUGAGUGCCUGUAGCCAUACUGGAUUAGUAGAUGAAGGCUGGAAGUAUUUUAGUUUCAUGAAUGAUCAUGGAAUUACCCCAUCAGUUAAGCACUAUACAUGCUUGGUUGAACUCCUUGGCCGGGCUGGAAAGCUUUCGGAUGCCGAAGCUCUCAUCGAAAACAUGCCGGUAAAUCAGGAUUGUGUUAUUUGGGAGGCACUCCUUGGCGCUUGUAGGAUCCAUGGUAAUUUAGAACUUGCUAAAAAAGUUGCAGGAAGGCUACUUAACAUGGGAACUGGCAGACCUGGAACCUAUGUUAUAUUAUCUAAUGUCUACGCGUGCAAAGGCCAGUGGGAGAAGGUUGCAGAAGUCAGAAAAACGAUGAUAAACAAGGGGGUCACAAAAGAACCAGGAAUUAGUUGGAUUCAGAUUAAGGGCAGGGUACACUUUUUUCUUACCAAGGACGAUUCUCACGAUGAAAUCGGAGAGAUUCAUUCGUGCUUGAAGGCGUUGUUAAAACGUCUUACCACGGCUGGUUAUGUGCCAGAUACAAAUUUUGUGCUUCAUGAUGUGGGAGACGAACAAAAACAAGAUGAGCUUCUAUAUCAUGGUGAGAAGCUUGCUGUUGCUUAUGGGAUCUUGUGCACGCCAAAUGCGAUGCCGAUUAGAAUCAUGAAGAAUCUUCGGAUUUGUGGAGACUGUCAUUCCUUCAUGAAAUUUGUCUCUCAAGUCACACAACGAAAGAUCAUCAUAAGAGAUGGGAAUAGGUUCCACCAUUUUCGUGAUGGUUUAUGUAACUGCGGGGAUUACUGGUAAGUUGGAUGUACAGAAGAUGGAAAUCCAAAUUUAACUAGUGCCUUCAAACUCAUUCUUUUAUACCAUUCUUGUAUUUAACGGGGGUUUCGACAACGAGUUGAUUGACAGAUAAAUGGAAGUUUCAACUCUGAGGAACAACCCUUUGCUAUAUUCUAAUGCAUCAUGAAUGUCAAAAAGCAUACCUAUGGUGAAGUUUUUGAGAUACGGACUGAGGA